AUGAGCAGCACCAGUGAAGCUCUAAAGCGGAUAAAGAACAAACAAAGAAGACAACAGGUCUAUGCAGAUAUCAAGAGACAAAAAGUCAAAGAUCGUCAUAAAUUACGAGCAGAAAGAGCUGAUGAAGAACGCAAUAAUCCUGAAUUACGAGAACAAAGAAUAGCUGAAAACAUCCCAGCCACUAUCGACUCCAAAAGAGUCUACGAUGAGACUCUUUCUGCCAAAAUUGAAGGCGAUGAAGAUGAGUUUAGUGAGUAUUUUACAAAUUUAGCCAAAGAUCCCCAAAUCCUCCUCACGACAAACAUUGGUGCCAAAAAACCAGCUUAUGAAUUUGCUGACAUGUUGAUGGAUUUCCUCCCCAAUACCACUUUUGUCAAACGUAAGAAGGAGUUUAAUAUUCAAGACAUGGCUAAAUUCUGCUCUAAUAGGGAAUACACAUUAUUGGCAAUUAUCAAUGAAGAUAAGAAAAAAGUCACUGGAUUAACCCUUGUUAAUUUACCGGAAGGUCCCACUUUCUACUUUUCCAUAAGUUCGAUAGUUGAUGGCAAGAGAAUAAAAGGUCACGGUGUGGCUACCGAUCACAUACCAGAAUUAGUCCUCAACAACUUCAACACUCGAUUAGGUAAAACUGUUGGUCGUUUAUUCCAAUCAAUCUUUCCUCAUAAACCUGAACUACAAGGAAGACAAGUUCUAACAUUGCAUAAUCAACGUGAUUAUAUAUUUUUAAGAAGACAUCGAUAUGUUUUCAGAAAUGAAGAAAAAGUUGGACUACAGGAAUUAGGACCUCAGUUUACAUUGAAAUUGAGAAGGAUGCAAAAGGGUGUUAAGGGUGAUGUUGUUUGGGAGUUUAGACCUGAUAUGGAAAGAGAUAAGAGAAAGUUUUAUUUAUAG